UGCCUCACUGAUCAUCGGGCUCCCCGAGGGGUAAUCCACUUCAAGGAGCUUCCCCUUAACACGAGCUCCUUAACAGCAGCAGUCUGGCGGGCGCUUCUCCUCGAUAGUUUGACAGCUCCAGCUCAUUUCACACCAGCAAACUUCCUGCCUGAAGUCACAUGACUGAACGCUGGCGUGGUGCUGCUUGCUGCAGCGCGGAAGGAAGAAGGCAGCUUGGGUUGAAACUGUAACCCGCUAUGAAAACGUCCCCAAACGGCACGGAAAACUGAGGAGGGCUGAUUGUUAGGACAACGGAGACACUGGACUGGGAUGCUGGAGUUAUCCGGUGCAGAAAAGUCCUAAUGCGUGUGGAGAAGUUGGAGUAAAUAGGACACCGCAUUAAAACAGGACAGGAACGCAUCUGUAGUCCAGAUGAAGUGCUUGCUGAUAGCAAGUGAGAGUGCUGAAAUGCUCUUCUACUGGACUGACUUGGAAUUUCAGCAGAAUAUCCAGGAACAGUAUGGAGCGUCUCAAGAGGAAGGCCACGGGUUUCCGGCCUUUGAGGACAGCAUCAGCACUCUGUUUGCUCCCAUCAUCAUCUCCUUCAGCACCAUGGUGACAGAGGCUGACAGCUACACAUCUUUCACGACAGAAAACAACCACAUCUACGUACUACACCAGUUUGAUGAGUGCCUGUACAUUGCUGUGAAUGGAGACGGCGAGGAAAAGGAGGAGGAUCUAAGGAGGAAAAUCUACGUGAUGAAUAAGAUGAUUGAAGUUUUGUUUGGCAUGGUGACCCUCAGUGGGAACCUCCUCAGGAAAGAACUGCGCGCCCGGGACACGGAGCAAAGGCUGAGACUGUGGAAGCAUCUCCAGAGUCUGCUGGAGACCUACAGCCACCUCCGAGAGAAUGAUCAGAGCUUCUUAGUGGAGGCGGUGGAGAGGCUGAUCCACCCCACACUGUGUGAGCAGUGCAUCGAAUUCCUGGAGCGCCGUUUGGUUCAGCAGAUCAACAGCAGCGUAGAGAGAGGAGGAGAGGAGGUGCUGCAUGCCUUCAUCCUGGUUCACACCAAACUGCUUGCUUUCUACUCCAGUCGCAAUGCAAGUAUACUCAGCACCUCAGACCUCCUGGCCCUCAUCAUCAUGGCACAGAAUAUAUAUCCUAGCAACGUGGAUGUGGAUGACCCAAGUCCAGAGGAUAUUGAUAGUACAUCUGGUUCUGGCCAUGAAAGUUUUUACACCCCAGAGCCCUCACCUACAGACAAAGACUCAAGCAGUUCAGAAAAGCCAGUGAGGGGAAGCACUCCUGUGUUUGAGUUUGUAGACCCAGACAUCCAGAUGGCAGAGGACAGCUUGAGUACUCUAGAAGUUUGUCCACCUGAUCCAGCAACCCCUCACAGAGUCUUCUUAGAGGUCUCGCAAAAAGAUGGCCUCUAUCCCAUGAUGCCUCACUCCAUGUACUGUCUCCCACUGUGGCCUGGCAUCACACUAGUGCUGCUAACUAAGUUUCCACACAGUGGAGUAGCCAUGUCUGUGUAUACAUUUUUGGAAGCCUUCGCCAAACUGGAGAAGCGCUUAAAUGAAGGCCAAGGAGGUUCCACAAGAGGCCAGCCUAUGCAUGAAGUGCGCAGCAAGCUGGAUAAAUUCCUUAAAACCCUGGCACUGAAUGGGAUACAGUCCUCACAGUUGCAAAAUGUCUGGACCGAAUUCAAAAACCGGGCCUUCUCCAGAGGAGGGCCUGGGUUCAGCAGAGAUCUUAUCCCGUGGUGCAAGAACAUGAAGACCCAACUGUGUGGCAUAUACCGACAGUGUUUUCUGUCUGACUCUGGACCAGACGACACUCCUCGUCGUCUCUCCCCUGGCCUGCAAGAACGGGCCCAGACCAUGGUGCAGGAGAAACUGAUGGACUGGAAGGACUUCCUGUUAGUGAAAAGCAAGAGGAACAUCACCAUGGUCUCUUACCUGGAGGAUUUCCCAGGCCUCAUCCAUUUUAUCUGUGUGGACCGAUCAAGCGGACAAAUGAUAGCGCCAUCACUCAGCAUCACAGAGCGGACCACGUCUGAGCUGGGGAAGGGACCAGUGGCUCAGUAUAUCAAAAACAAGAUGUGGAGCCUGGUCAGCACAACACGGCACUAUCUUCAGAAGGGUUACUCCACUCUAACAUUACGUGAUGGAGAUUUCUACUUCUGCUACUUUCUCUGGUUUGAAAGUGAAACUGGCUUCAAGUUGGAGGCAAAAGACAUACCCACCAAGCCCGAUGACUCCGCCCCUAUCGGGAUGCUUGCUCAGAAUUACUACAGGAAGCUGAUUCGGUACUAUAGUAAGAAUCACCCGGGCGAGACAGUGAAAUGCUACGAGCUCCUAACAGUUCACCUGGGAGUCAUCCCCACUGAGAUCAUCCUCCAGCACUGCAGGCAGCUGGCAAGCAAAUUAUGGGAGCCCUCACGCAACCCACUGCUGUAGACAGACCCACACUCUCACAGUGGGUCAGAGUAGCCAAGAACAAAAAAAACCAACUCUUAUUUUACAUGGUGUGUUCCGCAUCUGUUUCAUUGUCAGUGUAUUUUUGUAUUGUGUUUAAAAUCCUAAGACCCAAAAUUAUUUAUUUGAAAGCACUUUGAUUUCUGAUUAGAUAAAUCAAACCCCACUGUGCACUGUACACACCUCGUCUUUUAUGAAGCAUGUUCCACUUCCUAAUUUUUGGGUAUUUUAAUAUGUUCUUAAAAAUAUGUAUUUGACUUAUUUCCUAUUUAUUAUUAAUCUAAAUAUUUGUAUCGUUUUACUGAGAUAUUAUUUUUUCUUUUUAAAAUUUGUGGCUGAUUUUUUUUUUUUUUUUUUUUUUUGGUUUGUUUUUAAGAAAUGCAGCUAUUGUCCCUUUUUUUUGCCUUUACUAAUGGCAGUGUAAUAAGAUGUA